CAGAAUAAAUGGAUAAUAACGCUGCAAAUUCGGAGAAAUCUCACCUGAUGCACGAGAACAGUGCCAAAACGUAUUCUUUAAAGCUGCAAAGCUCCUUUCCAGACUCUAAAGACCAGUAUCCAGACUUCCCUUUCAAGAAUGGAGGCGUGGCCGGCGCCAUCGAGCUGAAGCGGCCCGUCGGCGCUCACUGCCACGGCGCCAAAGCUCUGAAGUGUGAGGACGGCGGGGACAGACUGCUGGCCCAGAAGAAACUCUACAUCGCCUCAGCCGUCUGCCUCGUCUUCAUGAUCGGAGAGGUCAUAGGAGGCUACCUGGCCCACAGCUUGGCCAUCAUGACGGAUGCGGCGCACCUCCUGACAGAUUUCGGCAGCAUGAUGGUGAGCCUGUUCUCGCUGUGGAUCUCGUCCAGACCGCCCACCAAAACCAUGAACUUCGGCUGGCACAGAUCAGAGAUCCUCGGGGCGUUCGUCUCAGUCAUCUCCAUCUGGAUUGUGACGGGGGCUCUGGUCUAUUUAGCCAUCGAGAGGAUCGUACGCAACGACUACGAGAUCGAUGGCCAUGUGAUGCUGGUCACCUCCGGGUGCGCCGUCAUCGUCAAUAUCAUCAUGGCCUACAUCCUCCACCACUCCACCACCUUCCACUCCCAUGGCAGCGGUUACCACCAGAUCGACGAGGACGGCCACAGUCCCGUCUCUCACGGCCACGGCCACUCCCACUCACUCCUCGGUGGCCAUAGCAACACGAGCGUCCGGGCCGCCUUCAUCCAUGUGGUCGGAGAUCUGCUGCAGAGCGUCGGCGUCAUGGUGGCAGCGACCAUCAUCUACUUUCGGCCCGAGUAUAAAAUUGCAGAUCCCAUCUGUACGUUCCUGUUCUCCGUCUUUGUCCUCUGCACCACCGUCACAAUCCUCAGAGACGUCUUUAGGAUACUACUGGAAGGAUCUCCUAAAGGAAUAGAGUUUAAUUCCGUGAAGGAGGUACUGCUGUCGGUGAAGGCUGUGAAGUCUAUGCACAGUCUGCAUCUGUGGGCUCUGACUCUGGGCCAGUCACUGGUCUCCGUUCACCUGGCUAUAGAGGAGGGUACCGAUGCUCAGUCUGUGCUGCAGGAGGCCACCGAUCUGCUCAACACAAAGUUUGGUUUCUACAGCAUCACCAUCCAGGUGGAGCUUUACUCUGAAGACAUGAGCCACUGCUCCCACUGCCAGGACCCCUGUGACUGA